CCCGCCGAGCAGAAGCCGCCGCCGCCGCCGCUGCCGCCCGUGCAGGAGGAGUUCUCCUUCCUGCCGCUCGUCCACGACAUCAUCAAAUGCAUGGACAAGGACAGUCAGGAUGUUCACCAGGUGCUGAACGAGCUGAAGAACAAGUUCCAGGAGAUGAGGAAGCUGAUCAGCUCCAUGCCCGGCAUCGGUGUGAGCCCAGAGCAGCAGCAGCAGCAGCUGCAGAACCUGCGGGAGCAGGUCCGGACCAAAAACGAACUGCUGCAGAAGUACAAGAGCCUUUGCAUGUUUGAAAUCCCCAAGGAGUAGGAUUUGCUCUGCUCUCCGGGUCUGAGAUACCGCCUCUCCUGGCUGAACAGGAGAGAAAAAAAGUGACAGAAGUUUACAUUUCUUUCUUUUAUGCUUUUUUUUUGGUGGCAUUGCUCUGAAGUUGUGUCUGUGUGGAUCGCAGGCGUGUGACACUGAACCAGAACACUGUGUGCUUCACACAUGACGAUUGCAGCGGCACGUUGACUUUGAUCUGCUGUAGGACUGUGCAUUUAUAUAUGCAUCUCUUCUGUUUUCUCUUGGGGAGGGGUGAGGUAGUAUUUUUUUACAUUCAAGCAAGCAAGAGACAUUAUGUUUUUUUCUUCUCUAAGGGUCAAAGUACCUGCUGGUUAACUUCAACAAGAAAAAGGGGACAUUUUCUGCAUUUUUUUUUUUUUUUUACUUAAAAGUGGCCAAACAUCAAAUAGGAGCAUUAGAGGCAAGUGUGAGCUGUUUGGCUCCACUCCUGGAAAGGGUCUCUGGGACACUUUCCAGUCUCAGUGUGUCAAAAGAGGAGAGAUUGCUUUCAGUUACUUUUGUAUUUCUCUCUCUUUCUCUCUUUCUAAACAAGUGCUGGUUGUGUCUGAGAUGAGUCAAGUAAAGAUGGUGAAAUUCCAAACUGCCCCUCUCUUGUGUAUUCACUGAGUGGAUGCGGGCUGAGCUGGGGCAGGAUUUUGGCAGCGCAGAGGACGUGUGUAGCCUGGGCCCAGCUUCUGCCUCUUGACAUGGCUUUUUGGGAAGCGGGGUGACUUGGGAGAGCAAAGCAGGGACUGCUGGGAGGGUGGAUUCUGAUAGGCUUUGGGUGUGUAAGUGCGUGGCGACUGCAUCUUGUAGGCAGCACAUGGGGCAUCUUGCUCUUAAAGCGGAGGAAGGGAAAGCAGAAUCAAAACAAAGGGCAUAAAUGACAAGAGCUUUUAGUUAUUCCACACGUGACAAAAGUCAGGCUCAACAGGACGGGUCAGUUCCACAUCUGAAGUGCUCCAGGGGCUUCCCACAAACACAAGCACUCGAGCGGCUCGAACAUUUGCCCGGGGCUGAUGGAAAGCUCUUGAGUGUUGUAUCACAGUCAGACAGAUCCCAGGGCUCCCUGCUCUCUCUCCUGCAUUCGCUCUUACGGUGGCUGAUGGGAGCCUGGUAAGUGGCACCACAUCUCACCAACAAAGAUGUGAUGGGACUUUAAAUCUCAUGGUUCCCUGAAUCACGCUGAAGGAUGGUGCAGGUCAGUAGCGGAAAAGGUUAAAAACCAUCAAGUGAAACACAAUAUCCAUCCAGAACCAGGCACCCAAGGGCAGGUAGCGCUUGUGCCUUCAACAGAAGAGAAGCAAGGUCUGUUUGGGUGGGAUUUUCCUUUCCUAAACCAAGAGGCAAGUCGUUCUGCUGGUGGGGAGCUGGGGUGGCUGCGUCUCACCGGGAGCCAAGAGAUUGCUCUGUUCCCGCUGGAAUACUUUGCUAGUACUUUCUUUGGGAAGGUGCCAGUGUGUAAACCCUGAGCAAAGCAGAAUACCAAGGUAAACAAAGCACAACGUACGCUCUUUUUAUUACUGAAAUUACCUUUCUGCCAGCGAUUGCCUAUCCCAGCUCAAUAAAUUCUUGUGUCUCAUGCCUG